GUCAACAGAUGUUGAUGUUGAUAUGUGUGUUGAUAUUUGAUAUGUGCAGUUGUCACAUAAGUUGUCAAUUGUAGUUAUUGACGUAUUUUUGCAGAUCUUUUUUAAUAAAAAAAUAUAUUUAUUUCUUAAAUGGUGCAUGUUAUUACCAAAAUGAAACACAUUUCUAGUUUGACUAAUAAGCUUUACCCUAAAUACCAAUUUUAAAAGAUAUGGAAUUAAAAAUUUGGGUAGAAGGAAUUCAGAGAAUUGUUUGUGGUGUUACGGAGGCUACUACAUGUCAGGAUGUAGUUUUUGCUUUAGCUCACGCCACUGGAAAAUCGGGUAGAUUUACAUUAAUAGAAAGAUGGAGAAGUAAUGAAAGACAAUUGGCCCCUCAGGAAAAUCCGAUGAAGAUACUACUUAAAUGGGGCGAGUAUUCGAACGACGUACAAUUUAUUUUACAAAGAAGUGAUAGUAAAUCUGGUCAUUCCAAUAACAAACCUAAACCUCCGCAACUCUUUCAUUUUGAUGUAUCUAGGGAAACCCAGAACAGGUCUUUUCAAAAUAAUAGUCAAAAUAGUGGAUCUGAAAAUAUUGGUGUUGUUAAAGGGGUACAACAAGUCAAAACAAUACAUUUAGAAGUUAGAGAGCAAUAUUUGAGUAACUCACCGCAUAGCUCACCAAAAAAGAGCAGUUACUGUGGAUCGGAUAUUUCAGAACGAGUGUUAGAAUCUCCUAGUCAUCGUGUAGCGCCACCAUAUAAGGAUCCCCCUGCACCCCCACCAUAUAGGGACCCACCACCACCAAAUUCGAAUAUAAGUCAUGACAAGCUCAAGAAAAAUAAUUUUCUGGAUAGCAAAUCUCAAAAGGAUUGGAGUGAAAAUAGGGGUAAAAUGCCUGAAAAUGCACUGUGCAACAUUCAAUACAAAGAAAUGAUUGCUCUUAUCAAUUUUCAAAGAGAAAAACUCAGUAACCAACAGGCAGAUCUUACAAAGUACGAUGCCGAAAUCAUAUUUUGGGAAGGCAAAGAAAGGGAGAAACAGCUCCAAUUAGAUUUUUUAACCCAAGAGGUUCUUAAAAUUUCUACCCUAAGCAAAACAAAUCAGGAUCAAAUUCAAGCUCUGACAUACGUUGAGGAAGAAUGUGAAAUUGUCAAACAGCAAGAAAAGACUUUAAAAUCCGAAUUGACAUUGUUAAGAUCAAAGCUGGCGAAUUGCGAAACUGAAUUACUGCAGUGCAAAAAUAAGAUUAGGUUACUAAUGGAAGAAUUUCAUAUGGAACAGAGGAUGUGUAGCAAAAAAUCCGAAUCGCGGAAACAAAUUGAAAGGAAUUUGCUGUUAGAAUUAGAAAGAAUUCAGAAAGACAUAGAACUAGCUAAGCAAAGUUCGGAGAUACACCACCUUACGGCAGAGACCUUGAAAAAAGAGGUAGCGCAAUUAGAAAUAGCAAUAAUCGAAAAAAAGAAACAGGUAGAACAGUUAGUGAAUGAAAUGAAGGAAGCAAAUUUGCAGAGUCUUAGUAUAGUACCUCCAGAAGAUAUUAGACAAAUAUUAGAAGGUCCUAAUAAAGGUAGUACAAGAAAAAUGAUUGGAUCGCCAAGGCAGUUGGAAAAUGCAGUACCUACAAGUAAGAAUCCUCACGGCGUUUGGGUGUAAACUGAUUAAAAAAAAAUAUUAUAUUCAAGAUGUCUGUAUUAAUCAAAAAAAAAAAUAACUAAAGAAAUUAUUCAUUUGAAUAAUUUCUUGAAUUUGGUGUACUACAUUUAAAUAUGUAUUGGAUUAUUAGAGUCUGCUGUAUUAACAGCUUAGUUCUAGAAAUAUUAGAUCAUAAAAAAGAGUUAGAACCAGUGUAAUUCAAUAUGCCUACUAUAUUUUAAAAAUAUAUCAUGUAUCAGGCAUAUGGAGAAAAAUAUAUGUAUAAUAAGUUUUUAGGCAGUCUUCUAUUUGAUCUCACGCGCUUGUCAGAUUUUUGUGUAAAUUAUAUUUGUAGAUUUCGUGUAUGUAAUUUAAAGAAUAACUUUCUUUAUUAAACUUAAAAGAGCUGGACUUCAUUAUUACAAACAAUUGUAAACUCUAGUUGCAACAAAAAUGUUUGCCACCCAAUGGCUAAAGAAUACAAGGAUACAUAAUGCCCAUAUACGAGCUGGAGCAGAAAUUGUGUUGUUAGACGCCAUUUUUUUGGAGGAACGGAUGUGUCACCAGCGACAAUUUUAGGAAGUUUUAAUAUUGUGUGUAGUGGACUUUGUAUAAACUGCCGCAACGAUAAGAAAGAGCCAGGAAUGACGUUUCUUAGGCAAAUAAACAGUCCACUCCACCUUUUUACCGUUUUCUUAUUGAAUUUCAUAAUUAUUUUUUAGAUAUUUAUGUACUUGAUAUGAACUAUACGUCGAUGAUAGGUUUGUACUUUUUAUUAACAUUUUAAUACGUUUUUUUAUAAUUAAUUAGUAUGGUACCACCUAAAUAAGCAGCAUAUACACUAUACGCGUAGUCAGAACAUUUAUCAAGAAUAUAAAUAUCUCUUCAAGCAGCUAUGUUAAGAAAAAUAUGUGGCCACAGCACUGCUUGGAGACAUGGUAACAAUUUAUUCUCGGGUGUUAUUGGCCCUUAUAUUCUUUAACCAUUAUUACCACCAGCUUAACAAAUCUAAAGUCUGUCCUCAAGUCGGGGCUGAUUUUGACAGAUAGCACGCAAAAAAUGACAGAAAAUACAAUUUACCUGUUAAUUAAAAUGACCGACUUGGACAAACUAUAGUACUUUUGUUAAUAUGCUAUUGUAAAUUGUUUUUUUUCCUGACUGAUAAUUUAUUUUACGCCAUACAAUUAAAUCUAUAUUGUAUUUAUUACUAGGUGAGUGGAAUAUAUUUACAAUAAGAUUGUAUUUAAGCUAUUUUUAUUUUUAAUUAAACAAUUUAUUUAUGCACCUAUUUUUGUAUUUAUAUAUUAUGUUACACUGCCAUAGUAAAGAUAUAUUUUAUCAAUGCAAAUUAUGUAUAAAUAUGUUUGAAGAACGAAUACAAAAUAUGUUAAAAAAUUGAAAAAAUGUUUAUAUUUAUUCAAUUUAAAAAUUUUAACUUUAUAAACAAAGCCUUACGUUCAAACCUUACUCAAAAAUGUAAUAUUUAAAAAAAAAAAUGCAAAAGAAAAA